GGCCCUAUUAGUCAUCAAAGGUCAUCAUUUGGAGGCACAUCCAAACAUAACGACCUCCAGGAAUGACAUAUUAAACGUCAAUUAAUACACGACAAAAUGUUUGCGCUCAGGAGAAAGGCAGUUCAAUCUGCCGAUCGAGUUGGAAGAGUGUCUACUCGAGUUCCGCGACGAUGGUCGUCUGCACAACAUGGAAAGACUGGUGAUGAAGUCCAUCACUUCGCUGGAUCGAGUACAGAACAUGGGCAUCAUCAUGCUGGCCCAACAAACGAGUCUUUCGGAACCGGCUUCUUCCUUGUCCUCGCAGCUAUUCCCAUCUCGAUUGGAGUUUACCAAUACGCCCAACCAUCCGCCGACGGAUCUCCUUCUGGUCUCGCGAAGCUGAUCGAUAGCUACUCACACUAUAAAGAGAAGUGGGCUGCAAGAAAUGCGCUCCAUGUUUCUAUGCUCGAGCAAGCUGCUUUCGACCGCAACCUUUUCCAAAGUGAUGUGGGCAGUGCACAUGUCAAUCUUAGAUUCCCUGAACAAUUUAACACAGGAUCCCCAUGGAAUGUCCCAGCAGGCCACAGAGCUAGAGAUAUGGAGAAGUUGGUAGCACAUUAUGAGAAGAUCAACAAGGAAAACGAAGAAAAGAAGCGCUGAAGACCGAAUUACAAAAUACCCGUACAUAUUGCUCCAAACAAAGUUUUUCAUUGUAUAAAGUUCGUAUGCGUGCUUGUCUUACGGUUACCAAGAUGGUGACAAAACUUCUUGCAAUCACGAAAGCAUAUUUAUGCGCGGGGUGAAAUCUGACUCUAUAUUUUGGCAGCCAUAAAGUAUUGCAGAAUUUUGAACAAUAUUACUGCACAACCUAUUAUGUAGAAGGCAGUGUCACUACAAUGAAUUCAAAAGUUCUUGGACCA